CGUGUGCGGGAACUUUUUCACCGCCGCGGCUUCUUCUUCAUCUUCCGGGAUCAAGCUUCCACGCAGCCUCGCAUCUCUCCUCUCCUCCCCCCUCACCCGCUCGCUCGCUCUCUCUCUCCGUCCCCAUCCACUGCUUUUGAUCCCACCUAGAUUGGUGCAGUAGCGACCGAGAUCCACCAUGGCGACGGAGGUGCGUGAGGAGAAUGUGUACAUGGCCAAGCUGGCCGAGCAGGCCGAGCGUUACGAUGAGAUGGUGGAGGCCAUGGAGAAGGUGGCCAAGACCGUCGAUACGGAGGAGCUUACCGUCGAGGAGCGCAACUUGUUGUCUGUUGCUUACAAGAACGUGAUUGGCGCUCGGAGGGCGUCGUGGAGGAUCAUUUCCUCCAUCGAGCAGAAGGAGGAGAGCAAGGGCAACGACGAGCACGUUGCGGCCAUCAAGGAGUACCGUGGCAAGGUGGAAUCGGAAUUGAGUACCAUCUGUGAUGGUAUUCUCAAGCUAUUGGAUACCCAUCUGAUCCCUACUUCUAGCUCUGGGGAGUCUAAGGUUUUCUACUUGAAGAUGAAGGGUGAUUAUCACAGGUAUUUGGCUGAAUUUAAGACCGGAGCCGAGAGGAAGGAAGCUGCCGAGGCUACAUUGUUGGCGUAUAAGUCCGCUCAGGAUAUCGCGUUGACGGAGUUGGCUCCAACCCAUCCCAUCAGAUUGGGGUUAGCUUUGAACUUUUCUGUUUUUUACUACGAAAUUCUUAACUCCCCAGAUCGGGCAUGCACUCUUGCGAAGCAGGCCUUUGAUGAAGCAAUUGCUGAGCUUGACACACUUGGAGAAGAGUCUUACAAGGAUAGCACUCUCAUCAUGCAGCUUCUCCGUGACAACCUUACGUUGUGGACUUCUGACAUGCAGGACGAGGUUGGUGCGGAAGAUAAGGACACCAAAGUAGAUGAUGUUGAGAAUUGAAGUGCAGACCAAGCUACAACCCUGACUUUGCUCUGUAGAGUGGUGACAGUCAACGCAUGACAUUCUUUUGUGUUGAUUAGUGAUGCAAUACAUGAGCCCUGUCUAUCGCCUGAUUGGUACACCAUGGAAUGUGUUUUUGGCAAGACCGGGGGAGGAUGGGUGCUUCCUGUUUUGGUUAGUUUCUUGCUCAGUGGCGCUUGUGCUAUUUUGAUUGAUCCUUUUAGCGCAGAUAUCUAUUUAAACAGGCGAGUUUAUUUA